AUGCCUCCACAGAUAAAGCAGGAUAUAAACCGGGCGGGCUGGGAGACCACCGAUUUCCCGUCCGUGUGCGAACAAUGUCUCCCCGAAAACCCCUACGUCCAGAUGCUGAAGGAAGACUAUGCGGCGGAAUGUAAAAUCUGCACCCGCCCGAUGACGGUCUUUCGAUGGAAGGCCGACCGAACGUCCCGUACGAAGGCGACAAAUAUAUGUUUAACGUGCGCGCGCCUGAAGAACUGCUGCCAGUGCUGCAUGCUCGACCUGUCCUUUGGCCUCCCCAUCGUCGUUCGAGAUGCCGCCCUGAAGAUGGUUGCUCCAGGACCACAGAGCUCGAUUAACCGAGAGUACUACGCGCAAGAGCAUGAGAAGGAGCUCGAGGAAGGCAGAGGGGCGGUCGAGGAGUACGAGAAUACAGACGAGAAGGCUAGAGAUCUAUUACGACGGCUGGCGAACAGCGAACCAUACUAUAAGCGACAGAGGAGACUGGAGGCCAGCGGCGAAACAGACGCCUCCACCACGACACUAGGGGAAAGGCAGCAGCCUACCGAGCAGAAGAAGAUCGGAUAUGGACCUGGUCCCGGCCCUGUCAGAACAAGUGACCUUCGUCGCGGUGCUGGUCGUGGAAGAGGGGGCGGCGGUCGUGGCCGGGGAGGACGUCCAUAUCCGCCUAUUUCUCAGUUACCCCCAGGGCCACAGGAUAUCGAACCGCCCGCUGACCCCAACAUUACCUCUCUGUUCAUAACCGGCGUCGAAGACGACCUCCCCGAACAUGCUCUUCGCACUUUCUUUACUCCGUUUGGUACCAUUAGAUCAUUGAUAUGUUCACAUCGAUCGCACUGUGCAUUCGUUAACUAUGCUUCACGAGAAUCGGCCGAGGCAGCGGCAGCGAAAUGUCAAGGAAUAGCGGUGGUGCAAGGAUGCCCACUGCGCGUGCAAUGGGGCAAACCACGUCCUCUAGAUAAUAUGGAGAGAGAUGAACGGAUGCAAUAUGCGCGUCAAGGGAGACAGACGGCCGCUGCCACCAAACCUGGAGGGCCUCGAAAGGCGAUUCAGGGAGCGCCGGGGGAGCAAGCGGACGGGGAAUCAGGGACAGAGCAGGAUAAGCAGAGUUAUGAUGUAGCGCCUCCACCGGGCCGUGGGGAGGUGCAGUAUGCAAGUUUGGCGGGUGAUUGA